AUCUCGGCUGCCCCGUGUCCCAGCUCCUCCGUGCCGGCCCCUCGGUGAGGAGAAGGCACCAGGCGAGAUGGCCUUGGACCUGGAGGAGUAUUUGCGCACGGCUUUCCGGGACAAGCUGCGGCUGCAGCACGAUGAACUCCACGAGACCCACGGCAGGACAGUGCCGGCGUGGGAUGCCACCACGCUGCCGCCCUCCACACGCUUGCUGCUGAAGAGGCGGGAGGUGGCGGAAGCGGAGCGGGUGCUGCAGAGCCGGCGGGAGCGCCUGGCAGUCCCGCAGGAAUUUCGGCAGAGGAUGGAGCACCUGGUGCAGCGCUGGCAGCAGCUGGGCCAGCGGGAAGAGCAGCUCCGGGAUGUCACCCUCAAAUUCAACACCUUUCUCAAGGCUUCGUCGGCAAGGCAGGAGCGGGCGCUGCAGCGGGCAGCCAAGGAGCGGGCGCGGGCGGCAGGGCAGGGUGCCAAGGCUGCCCACCUGCACCAGGAGCUCGAGGGGCUGCUGCAGCGCAGGGAGCGCCUGGCCCAGCGCCUGCAGAGGCUCCGUGGCUUCGGUGACUACCUGCAGGGCGUGCUGGCCAGGAUGGGGCAGUUCCAGGAUGUCCCGGCCAUGCUGGCCCAUUUCGGGGCGCUGGCAGGGGCACGGGCAGCCCUGGCACAACAGGCAGAAGCCGGGCAGGAGCGGCUGGCCCAGGACUGGGCACGGCUCCGGCGGUACCAGGAGGAGACCGGCAGUGAGCUCCUGCGCACCACCGACGAGCUGGCCCAGCUCCGUGCACAGCUGGAGGCUGCCCGCCAUGACGUGCUCCAAGGGGAGUCCCGCUGGGCCCACGUCCAGGGCACGGCUGCCCAGAAGACCCUGCUGCUGGGGCAGGUCAAGCUGGCAGUGCUGAACCUCUUCCAGCUUGCCACCACACGGCUUGAGGUCCCCACGGAUGUGGCCCUGGAAGACACCGAGGCCCAGCUGGACGUGGCUCCCAUCUCCACAGGUACUGCUCUGCAUGCAGGACCUGGCUGCCAUCUGUGCCGACCUGCACCCCAGGGAGCCGAGGCUGCGUCCCCCACACUUGCCUGCAGCCACCAGCACACUCCCGAUGCGUGCCAGGGUGCCUCCGAGCCAGGAAUAGCCCCCAGGGACGACCACCCGCUCCUGGGGCUGGGGAGAGGCUGCCGGGGCCAGUGCGGUGCCCCAGGACCCACCCUGGGGACGGAGGUCGCUCCUUGACAAGUCUGGGAACCCCCAUGACGAGAGGCGACGCGGAUGGCAGUGGCACAGCCACACCGGAAUGGCACCGCGCUGGGGCAGGGGCCGGGGGUCCCCAGGGCAGAGCUGCCUCCCCUCAGGGACCCUUCUGGAAGGGGCACCCCAGGCAGCGGGACCCGGCUGCUGUGGAGGAAGGGGAGCUGUUGCUCGUGUUCAGGCUGCUGGUAUCUCCAGAGGGGUCUCCUGCCAAAAUACAGCCCAGUUGUGGCCCCCGCAGCACCUGGUUGUUUCAGGACCGUGCCUGGGGGUGGCCCAAGGGGGGAGGAAUUACCCCAGGCGUGACGCUUGUAGCAAGGACAAAGGAGUCAGG